AUGUCUCACAUAGCUGUCGAGAGGAACAGGAGAAGACAGAUGAACGAGCAUCUCAAAGUUUUAAGGUCUUUGACCCCUUGCUUCUAUAUCAAAAGGGGAGACCAAGCAUCGAUAAUAGGGGGAGUAAUAGAGUUCAUCAAGGAGUUACACCAAGUUCUGGAAGUUCUGGAAUCGAAGAAAAGAAGAAAGAGCGUAAGCCCUAGCCCAAGAACACCACUGCCACCACCAGCAACCUUUAAUCAAGCGGACCAUAGCCCCUUGAAGGAAGAAGUUGGAGCAGCAAGCUGUAAUUCUUCAGUUGCAGAUGUGCAAGUGAAAAUCUCAGGUUCAAACGUGAAUCUUAGAGUGAUUUGCCACAGAAUUCCAGGUCAAGUUUCAAAGAUAAUCAGCGUUCUUGAAAGGCUAUCUUUUGAGGUCCUUCAUCUCAAUAUCAGUAGCAUGGAUGAUACAGUUCUAUACCACUUCGUUGUCAAGAUAGGGUUGGAGUGCCAGUUAAGUCUGGAGGAACUAGCAAUGGGAGUACAGCAAACUUUCUGCGAUCAGAAGCUGUAA